AUGAGACUCCAAGCCUCGGGCAUGCGCUGCCUCUGGGGCAAUUCGUCCCGGCUUCUCCAAGUGUCCCACCUUGCCCGGAGCUCCGUAUUGCUGCGGCAAGCUUGCGCCGUGCGGGCAUACUCCUCAGGUCCGUCAACUCGAAGCUUCAAGAAUCGGAGCCGUGGCUCCGUGACGGUGCGCGGCCAGACCAUCUCGACCGACCCCGCGUGGUUCAACGCCCCAGCCAACGUCUUGGAUGCGACGUCACGAAGAUUGCACCUGCAAGAGGACCACCCCAUCUCCAUUACUCGCCAGAUUAUCCAGUCCAACUUCCCCGCGCCGACCUUCAAGUGCUAUAACGACUUUAGCCCAGUCGUAUCGACCGCCCAAAACUUCGAUUCUUUGGGGUUCCCCGUAAACCAUCCAGGACGAGCUCUUUCGGACACAUAUUACCUCAAUAAGGACACUCUGUUGCGGACGCAUACGAGUGCACACCAGGCCGACACGUUCCGCGCAAAUGAGAGCGAUGGAUACCUCAUUGCUGCCGACGUCUACCGCCGUGAUGCCAUUGAUCGCAGCCACUACCCUGUAUUCCACCAGAUGGAGGGUGCCAUGUCGUGGGAUCGCGACCAAGUGCCCGAUGGUGACAUCGCCGCUGCCGUCUGGAAGGAUAUCGAGAACCUUCCCAAGCACGACAUCCAGGUCGACGAUCCGAACCCGGCGAUGCACCCAGAGCGAAACCCACUCCAGGAGGCACACCACUCGGCCGCCGAAGUCGAGGCCAUCGGCGUACACUUGAAGAAAUCACUCGAGUCCAUGGUCGUGGAUGUCUUCUCACGAGCCAAGGCAGCGGCACUCAAGGAGGACCCCAACUUUGUAGAUGAGCCGCUUCAGAUGAGGUGGGUCGAGGCCUACUUUCCCUUCACCAGCCCCUCGUGGGAACUCGAAGUCUACUACGCGGGUGACUGGCUCGAGGUUCUGGGCUGCGGCGUGGUCCAGCAGGAUCUCUUCAUCAACGCAGGCGUGCCCUCGAAAUUGGGCUGGGCCUUUGGCAUCGGCAUCGACCGCAUCGCCAUGCUCCUGUUCAAGAUCCCAGAUAUCCGACUGUUCUGGUCCCAGGACAACCGGUUUCUGUCGCAGUUCCAGGGCGUCUCGAACAACCUCGACACGCUAAAGCGCUUCCAAGUCUUCUCCAAAUACCCGCCGUGCCCCAAGGACGUGUCGUUCUGGCUUAGCCCGGGCUCGACUGCUGGUGGCAACACUCCUGGAGCCUUCCACGAAAACGACGUUAUGGAGCUGGUGCGCAACGUGGCAGGCGACGUGGUCGAGGAUGUGCGGUUGAUUGACGAGUUUACUCACCCCAAGACUGGGCGCAAGAGCAUGGCAUACCGCAUCGUCUACCGCAGCCUAGAGCGCACACUCACCAAUGAAGAAGCUAACGCUUUCCACGAAGGAGUCCGCGAGGCGCUCGUUGACGAGAUGGGCGUUGAGCUCCGGUGA